AAAGGAAGGAGGAAGAAAAGAAGACUUUGAAAAGAUAGGAAGGAGAGUGAAGGACAAGGGAAAACAGAAAGAGCAAGAGUGAAGAGUGAGAGAGAAGCAUCAUGGUCUUGGUCUGUUAGAGAAUGAGAGCUUGCAAUCAGCACUACAGAAUCCCAGAGAGACAGUGUAUUAUUGUCUUGAAAGCCACAAAGCUAAACAAUUCCAAGAAUGUCUGGCAAAGCCCUUUUGGGAAGGGCAAGGUGGGGGACUAACUGGGAGAGGGAGCCCCCUCCGCCCCUUUACUCGGUGUGACAGGAUUUGGGAGACCUGGCGGAAACCUUCAGGUCACCCGGGGAACUGCUCUCGCGGCUGGUCCUGUGCGGCGAGGCGGGGGGUGAGCGCGAGGCGCGCGGGGCGCGGAGAUGUGCAAGUGGCGAAGCUGGACCGAGUGCAGGCGCAAGCUGCUGAGCGGCUGAGGCGAGGGAUUUUAGGUGAUGGGAAGAUCAGAAAGUCAGAUGGAUAUUACUGAUAUCAAUGCUCCAAAGCCGAAGAAGAAACAGCGAUGGACUCCACUGGAGAUCAGCCUUUCUGUGCUCGUCUUGCUCCUGACUAUCAUAGCUGUGACAAUGAUUGCUCUCUAUGCAACCUAUGAUGAUGGUAUUUGCAAAUCAUCAGACUGCAUAAAAUCAGCUGCUCGACUGAUCCAGAACAUGGAUGCCUCUGCUGAGCCAUGUACGGACUUCUUCAAAUAUGCUUGUGGAGGCUGGUUGAAACGCAAUGUCAUCCCUGAGACCAGUUCCCGAUACAGUAAUUUUGACAUUCUAAGAGAUGAACUAGAAGUCAUUUUGAAAGAUGUCCUUCAAGAACCCAAAACUGAGGACAUAGUAGCAGUGCAGAAAGCAAAAACUUUGUACAGAUCAUGUAUAAAUGAAUCUGCUAUUGAUAGCAGAGGUGGGCAACCUCUGCUCACACUGUUACCAGAUAUAUAUGGGUGGCCAGUAGCAUCACAAAACUGGGAACAAACAUAUGGUACUUCUUGGACAGCUGAGAAAUCUAUUGCACAACUGAAUUCUAAAUAUGGGAAAAAGGUCCUCAUUAAUUUUUUUGUUGGCACUGAUGAUAAGAAUUCUACCCAGCAUAUAAUUCAUUUUGACCAGCCUCGACUUGGCCUCCCUUCCAGAGACUACUAUGAGUGUACAGGAAUAUAUAAAGAGGCUUGCACAGCAUAUGUGGAUUUUAUGAUUUCUGUGGCCAGACUGAUUCGUCAGGAACAAAGAUUGCCUAUUGAUGAAAACCAGCUCUCUUUGGAAAUGAAUAAAGUUAUGGAAUUGGAAAAAGAAAUUGCCAAUGCCACAACUAAACCAGAAGACCGAAAUGACCCAAUGCUGCUUUAUAACAAAAUGACAUUGGCCAAGCUCCAAAAUAACUUCUCUCUGGAGAUCAAUGGGAAGCCAUUCAGCUGGUCAAAUUUCACAAAUGAAAUCAUGUCAACUGUGAAUAUUAAUAUUCAAAAUGAGGAAGAAGUGGUUGUUUAUGCUCCAGAAUAUUUAACCAAACUUAAGCCUAUUCUUACCAAAUAUUCUCCCAGAGAUCUUCAAAAUUUAAUGUCCUGGAGGUUCAUAAUGGAUCUUGUAAGCAGCCUCAGCCGAAACUACAAGGAGUCCAGAAAUGCUUUCCGCAAGGCCCUUUACGGGACUACAUCCGAAACUGCAACCUGGAGACGGUGUGCCAACUACGUCAAUGGGAACAUGGAGAAUGCUGUGGGGAGGCUUUAUGUGGAAGCAGCUUUUGCUGGAGAGAGCAAGCACGUGGUUGAAGAUUUGAUUGCACAAAUCCGUGAAGUUUUUAUUCAGACUUUAGAUGACCUCACUUGGAUGGAUGCUGAGACAAAAAAGAAAGCUGAAGAGAAGGCCCUGGCAAUUAAAGAAAGGAUUGGCUAUCCUGAUGACAUCAUCUCCAAUGAGAAUAAACUGAAUAAUGAGUAUCUUGAGUUGAACUACAAGGAAGAGGAAUACUUUGAGAACAUAAUUCAAAAUUUGAAAUUCAGCCAAAGCAAGCAGCUAAAGAAGCUCCGAGAAAAGGUGGACAAAGAUGAGUGGAUAAGUGGCGCGGCGGUAGUCAAUGCAUUUUAUUCCUCAGGCAGAAAUCAGAUCGUCUUCCCCGCCGGCAUUUUGCAGCCCCCAUUCUUUAGUGCUCGGCAGUCCAACUCAUUGAACUAUGGGGGCAUCGGCAUGGUCAUCGGACAUGAAAUCACACAUGGCUUUGAUGACAAUGGCAGAAAUUUUAACAAAGAUGGAGACCUCGUUGACUGGUGGACUCAGCAGUCUGCAAAUAAUUUCAAAGACCAAUCCCAGUGUAUGGUGUACCAGUAUGGAAACUUUACAUGGGACCUAGCAGGUGGACAGCAUCUCAAUGGAAUUAACACACUAGGAGAAAAUAUUGCUGAUAAUGGAGGGAUUGGCCAAGCAUACAGAGCCUAUCAGAAUUAUGUUAAAAAGAAUGGUGAAGAAAAAUUACUCCCUGGACUUGACCUCAAUCACAAACAACUAUUCUUCUUGAACUUUGCCCAGGUGUGGUGUGGAACCUACCGGCCAGAGUAUGCAGUCAAUUCCAUUAAAACAGAUGUACACAGUCCUGGCAAUUUCAGGAUCAUUGGGACUUUGCAGAACUCUGCUGAGUUUGCGGAUGCCUUUCAUUGCCGCAAGAACUCAUACAUGAAUCCAGAAAGGAAAUGUCGGGUUUGGUGAUCUUCACAGGAAGUGGAGCAUCCAUGGCAGGACUCGCCAAAGCCACAGAAACAGGAAGUCUUCCCUCAGAGAACGUGGGCCCCGGAAGUUUCUUCAGCUUCUUGGGGGAAAUUCACAGAGAUGAGCACGAGCUAACAAAAAUGAAAUUAGAUUAUUAAAACCGCUGUGAAUGAAAGGGGAGAAAACCUACGAUCUAGCAAAUCAAUCACUUCACUGUGUAAAUAAUUACCUUCCAACGGUAAUAUUACCGUUCACUUCUGGUUCUCACACAGACUGCAGCUUUCAUGCUGUCUGUAGAGAACAGUGUUAACACUUAAAGCAGGUUAUGACUUCUGAUCAAGAGGAGGAAGACGCUGAAUACAGUUGGGCACCAAAGUACAGAUUUGCCUCUCAGCACUCACUUUUGUUUGCAACAUUCAGCUCCUUCAAAAUUCUCCCAAAGAACCCCCAUGCAUACUGUGGCCUUCAGGCUCCUGCAGUGUGGAACUCAUUUUACCAUGCAUAAAUUAUUCAUUCAUUCCACAUCAUUUUAGUUUGAGCACUCUUAGAGCUUAAACUAGAGAGUCUGAAAUGGUUCCGCCAUUUACCCACUUGAGUGAUGUUGAGACUCUUCAGCCCCCUACAGAUUUUUGAGCAAUUUCUUGCUCUCGCUGCCCCUCAGACUUAGUCUUUUAAAGGAUUUGUAGUAAUGUAUAAAAAACAUUCUAUAUUUAAUUAUUAACUACACAUGACCAAAUAAACCAUUGCUAUAGGUAAUCAUUGAAUAUUGACAUUAUAUGGCCAAGAUAGAUAGUUAAGAAGAUCUGUAACAUGAUGUGCAGAUGAAAAUUUGAAACUUUUUAAGCCUGUAAAUCAUAUUGCUGAAAAUCUUCAAACACAAACUCUGGGGUGAGCAUUACCAUUGAACAGUUGUCUUGAGAUGCAUAAUAGUUUUGGUUUACAAACAGCGUUUUGAAGAUUAAGUCUGGCCUCAGUGGCUAAGAAAGGGCCUAACUCUUAUCUGUGUUACUCCAUGCGUCCUUGUUCUUCAGGUUUGUCAUCCGAUGGAAAUAUUUUGAUAAUAAAUUGAAGUUAUGAGUCCCUACUAGGCCUGUGUGCACACCAUCUAGCUCUAGAAAGUCCAUGUCUGAAUCAAGAUGGGAGGCCGCCACUGGAUCUGUUUCUUCAAUUCUACAGCUCAUAGACACUAACUGAAUUUUCUGAGGCGCUCAUAUGCCUCUCUCGUCCCUCUGCUUACUUUAGUGAUUUUCACUAUUCAGUAUACACUUUACACAAGAUUCAUUUCCACAGUCCUUAUUUUUAUCAAAAGUUGAAAAUGAAAACAUUUCUAUCCAAACUAUUAGUUUUCAUGCCUCUUGAAAAAAAAGCCACUUACUUGCAAAAGUAUUACAAUAUAAUAUAUAAAAUUAUAUAGCAUAAAAACUACAGUUUAACAAACUGACAUUCUCUGAAGACAGUACCCUAGCAAAAACCUAUAAGAAAUGGAGCACUGUAUCUUCCUGCCAUCAUCAUAUAAGUUCUGGGAUAUCCAGAUCUCCAGCAUGACGCACUAGCUCGGCCCCUUUUUGUCUUUCAACCAUGCAUUCUUUCCUAUGUUACUUCUCUCUGCCUUACAUUUUGUAAGAUGUAGCUAUAUGGUUGGUUUGUAUGUGAAUCUAUCAUUGUCAGAUUCUGGUUCUGUUGUGUGACUACACUACAAAUACUCCAUCUUUAUUGUUGAUGAACUCUUAAGGAGUCCAUGAACUCCUGUCUAUUCUAGUUUGGAUUGUUACAAAUGAUACAACUAUGCAUUUUGAACUGUGCUUAUAUAUUCAUCUUUACUUGAAAUAUCAGUGGAAUCACUUUUCCAAACAUCCAAAACUAUCAUAAAUAUUGAAGACACAGUUUCAGACUAGCCACAAAUAUCUUUAUCUUCUGCCCUUUUAAAACAAACACUAUUGUCAUGGAUAAUACUUAUAUUACUAUUUCUUUGAAAUCUACUUAAAUAUACUUGAGUACUACUAAUAGUGGCAGUAGAAGAUUUCAGUUAAACAGCUCUCUCUGGGUUAUUGUGAUCCAUGUCCUGUCAUAGCAACCAAAGAGACAAUUGUGAAGAGUAACUAGUACAAACUCUAAAUGACCACAAGCAUCUCCACUGGUAGUCCAUUAGAGCAUCAAGCUUCCAAUCCCAAGGAACAGCAACUCUGGUGCCUAGAGCCCUGCUGUACAUACAGCAUACAACAUAUUCUUUGUGCUAAUGGACACAUAAAAUUAGCAUGACAAUUUUUCCCUAUUUCUCAGACAUUUAGACAUCAUUGGUUGUAGCUGGUACUCAGAACCCUAUGUUCUCUCUUAAUUCCUACCAGCCAUUUGUCACAUUACUUAAGACUGACAUAUAAUCUUACACAUAAAUUUGCUUUCACCAUGUUUAAGUUCUGAUUGGGGGGGAGAGGUGGGUUAUAAGCACAGACAACAAGGCUUGAGAGCUGUUGUAGCUCAGCAGUGAAGAUGAAGCUCCUGACAAUAUGUGUUGGCAAGGAGUCUGCUUCCAUAACACACUGUCAGUGUGAAAGCAAAAGGAAGCUCCCCAGGACAUUAAGGGCUUUUUCUAGUCCUACUCUGCCACGACUGCCAAAGUGACCUUGGGCACAUGUAUAUCCCUUGGGGCUUCUGCCUCUUUUACCCAAAAAAGAAGACAAUAAGAUUCCAGCAGUUCAUACCAAUGCUGCCUUCCCUUUAACCUGUUACCCAGGAAACAAGCACCAAAAUUCUAACAUGCUUGGGGAUGUGAUGCUGUUACUAUUAGGCAUGAUGAUAGGAAAAACAUUUGCAAACUUCUUUAAAGUGUUCAUAAUUCCUAUAGCAAUAGGUGGAGCUCUUAGAGUAGAAGGCAUCUGUCAUUUUAGAAAGAAAAUAUGAUUCUACUGUGUCAAAAGAAGUAUAUUAAGAAUUUUUGAAAUUGGGUCCUAUUUUCUAGGAUAGAAAAUAACAAACAUCUUCGUAAUGUUGUUUCUAUGCCUAGUUGACUGUUCCAAUCUCACCGAUAUGCAUGUAAACCCACAUACACCAUUUAUGCCUUGAAAAAAUAUUGAGAUAAGAUAGGACAUUGUUUUCUAUGCAGUCUUUUACUUCCUUCAUAGUUUGAAACUAAGUCUUUUUAAACAAAUAAUAUGAACUAUUUUACCAACACUUUAUUUUAAAGAUAACCAGUUUUCUGGUUAGGUGUUUCAUUUGGCUACCGAAUGUUAUCAGGAGGCACAAUUAUAAUUGGACAGGCUGAAGUCAAAUGUGCAGAUGUGAAGAGCUGGGCCACUCGGGUGAUUUAGUGAACAGAGAGCCACGUGUGACUGUUGUUAAAAUGGCAUGUUUAUUGCAUCCUAACUUUUUCUCUAAUUAUAUUUUCUUAGUGUCAAUUCCUUUGUACUUUGCAUUUUCUCUAAAACAAUGAAAAAUACCCCUGCCAUUUCCAACUUCAUAGACAAAAUGUGCUUUAAUUUUGUUUUUAAAGGGGGAUAUCGGUUGUGCAGGAGAAAUUUGGUAGAAAGAUAAGUAUUGGCUCUUGCAAGCAAUAAUCAUGGUCUCUCAUCUUAGAGAAACAAAGGGACUGGAAAGUCUUGUGUUCACGCUUGAUGUUUAUGCUCCAGGGUUUUUCCACCAGGAAAUAAUCAAACUUUACAGGUAUCUGCAUGUUAACAUUUCAUUGUACUCUUAUACACUUGACAAUAUCUUUAAUCUGAUACAUUCUAAGACUGUUUCUCCUUUUCUGGGAAGACAAAUUCAUCCAAGAACUGACUUAUGAUUUUACCUAGUGAAGAACUAUCACAUACUGAGAAUGUUGUGGAUCCUCAGAAACAUAGAAUAAAGGAUGUAAUACUGCGAUGUUCAUGGAGUAGUAUGGUACCAGAGAGAUAUAAAGGAAAAUCUGAAGGGAAAGUAUUUAGAUUUGUUCAAUGAAAAUGUGGGGACAUCAAGUAGAAUAUUCAUUAUCAUUUCAACUUUAAUGUUAAAGUAUUGUUGUAUAAAACAAACAUCAGAAUGUUUACUAAAAUUACUUUGAUGGUAGUAUUAUAUGAAAUUCAUUUUUAUAUAUUUGGGUUUCUGAAUUUAUUAUCUUCCUGGAAUGAGAAAGUAUUGUCCUUUACAAGGUAAUUUUACAAUGUUAUUUGUAGAUAAAUGUGGUGGUUCAUAAUUGAAAUUCCAGGACUCAGGAGGCAGAGACAGUAGGAUUAUUGAGAGGUUAAAACCAACUUGGAAUGCACAGUGUUUUAGACAAGCCUGGACUCUACAAGGAGAUACUGCUUCAACAACAACAAAACAAACAAACAAAAAUUGUAAUAACUAUUUGGAAUAUGAAAAGGAAUGUAGAUUGCAGGGAAUAGGGAAGAGGGGGGGAAAUGGCUACAAAUCAAAUCUGUCAUAAAGCAGAAUAGGAAACAAACCCUUCAGUUUGGUGUGUCAGGCAGAUUAAGGUUUUGGUCAAGAAUCUCUUCUCUUGAGACAGUCUCAUUUUCUUAAGUUGCUGUUCAGUACAGAGAACAGGAAUUUGAUCUUCCUCUUCACUGUUCCCAAUGUCUCUAGAAGAAAGAAGCACAUGCUGUAGAAGGAAUCCCCUAAGAAAACACUACAGAGUUGAACAGUUUAUGCACACCUUCUUUGGCAUUUUGCCCAAAUCAGACUUUAGCACUUGCCAGCUCAGACAAAGGUUCAAGACAGUUCAACACAGAGCCCUCAAUCAUUCAUUGUCCAGAUCCAAAGGCUCUACCUGGUAGAUGAGGUAUUAACCCCAGGGUUAAACUAAAAGUUAGAGGUUGAGAAGAGAAGAGACAGCAGGACAGAAGCUAACCAAGCUGACUAACUGCCUCUGUGUUUAUGAUUUGUAAGACUUUGAUUGCAAUUGUGAAAAUCAAACUCAUGCUACUUUAACUAAAACUGGAGAGUUUGUUGAUCUGUGUCACCCUGUGUGUGGCAGGUGUAGAGGAUGUAGCUUUUUCCGAAACAUCAAAAUAAAGCUGGGAGAACCAUCA